UUUAUCAUUGAAAAGUUAUACUGUUUGCAAAUGAAACAGUUUAUUUACAUAAUGUCUUAUAAGAUAAACAAAAUGGUGGCAAUAAUGAUUGCUUGCAUAUCAUUAAUUGUAUCAGGUUCUACCGGUUCACCAGUUGUAAUUGGUGGAAAAGAUAUUGAUACUCAAAAUUAUCCAUAUCAGCUGGCUUUAUUAGUUAACAACAAAUACACGUGCGGUGCAACAAUAAUUGGUAGAGAAUAUGCAUUAACUGCAGCUCAAUGCGUAAAAGGCGUUUCAGAAAGUAAAAUUACCUUACGAGCAGGAAGCAACAAAGCAGAUUCAGGUGGAUACGUAUAUACAGUGUCUAAAGUAGUUGUGCAUGAAAAUUAUGAUCAAGCGAAAAAUCUAAACGACAUAUCAUUAUUAAAGGUAUCGACACCGUUUGGUUUAACAAAGCCAGGUGUUAAAACCGUUGGUUUACCAUUGUUGAAUGAGGCCAUACCUACAGAAAAAGACGCUUAUCUAACUGGUUAUGGGAAAACUAGCGCUUCAGGUAUUGCGACAAAUAUUUUACAUGGAACGAAAUUUCCAACUAUCAGUGACAAUGUUUGCAAGAAAUCGGUUCCAUCUUUAACUGGGACAAUGGGUUGUGCUGGAUAUACAUCAGGGGGGCGUGAUGCUUGCGAGGGUGACCAAGGAUCACCACUUGUAUUUAAUAAAAAACUAAUUGGAAUUACAUCUUGGAAUUUCAGUUGUGGCUUAAAACCUUCACCUAUUGUUUUUACAAAAGUUUCAAAUUAUCGAGAUUGGAUUAAAAAAAAUAGUGGAAUUUGAAUUAAGAUAUUACUUUUUAUUAUAAUGUAGAUUUUUCGUUUAUAAUGAUGCUCCAUAAAAUACCUAAGUAACACACUUAUAGGUGUUUUCUUUAAAAUCCAAUUUAUCUACGCACAGUGGAGUAUUUAUACCAAAUUUCCGGACAAAAGUCAGAAAACUCAACUUUUUUGUUUUACAUUGAAAGUUGUUUUUUGAUCUAGGUAGAGAUAAGCACUCUAUCACAAACAGAUAAAUUGAGUUACCAAUUAAUAUCGCCUCCCGUCGGUUUUGUAAACCGCAAUCUACAUGCUCUUACGGAUGCUUGUUAUAAUUUUUGUUGCUUUCGAUUUACCGUGUCAUUCAAUUUACGAUUACUUUGUUUGCUAGUGCAAUUAAGUAGGACUUUUUUUAUAUUGAAUAUGAAGGAUUGUGCUUUAUUUAUUAGUAUUUAAUGUUAAUUUUUCUAUUAAUGUAAUAAAAUGUUUGUGAUUCAUAUUUGCUGUUAAAAACGGUAAUUUUUUCAUUAAAUUUAUCAAACUCAAAGUUUUUUGUUGUGCCCCUUUUUGCUCGGUAAAAUUUUGUUUAAUAGGGAAAAGUUAAAGUAUUCUAUAACAUGAGACUAAGAUAAGGAUAGAGAUUAAGAUAGCUUAAGUCAAAAGUCAAAAGAAGGAACAAGCAGUUUUCCGGUGAAAAUUUGAAACUUAUAAUUCCAAAAUCAGCUUACGUGGAAACAAAGCCAAGCAUAGAUAAGAAAAAAAGUGGCUCAGGAG